CUCCCCACCCCGAUUGCUUCGCCUCAAUGCACAUUCUAGUCACCAGGCUACCAUCGAAAACGGUAAAAAUGUCGACUUUGCCGGAGUGCAUGAAAGUGUUGAUCAAAGAAGAGGAGAAAUCGUCUUAUAUUUACAAAGACAUCCCUGUGCCACAACCUAACACAGGAGACUUGCUUUUGAAAGUCCUUAAAGUUUCUAUAUGUGGCUCAGAUACCGUUCUCUAUCAAUGGAAUGAAGCUGCAAGGACAAUAGCAACCUUACCUUUCAUUCCUGGUCAUGAGUGUGUGGGAGAGGUUGUGCAGGUCGGCCCAGGUUGUGGAGAUGAAUUUUCAGUUGGUCAACGAGUCUGUUGUGAGAAUCACUUCUACUGUGGAAAAUGCUAUCAGUGUUUGCAUGAUUUACGCCACAUUUGCCAAAACUUGAAUCAGUUUGGCCAUGGAAGAGGAACAAUUUAUGGAGGGUUUGCCCAGUAUACCAUUAUUCCAGCUCGCUAUUGUUAUAAACUGAAGACAAACCUUGAUGUUGACAGGGCCUGCUUACUGGAACGUAAGAGACUUACAUGCAAAUCACGAGCUUGAGAUUUAUUGUCGUAAUUGUGUUUAUAAUAUCAGAUGAGCUAGAUAACGAUCUCACUUGUCCUAUAAAUGAGGGGUUGGGAGGGUAGUCAGACUGCUGAGGGUAAGAACCUGGACAAAAUGGGAACAAGGAAUGGUUUUCCUCACAGGGUGGUGGGGGGUGGGGGACAAGAAAGGGUAAGAAAUGUUUUUAGAAUUAUUUGCGAU